UGUGUUAAUAGACAUGUUUCCUGGAUCAGCCUUGGGAGCCCAGCGUGUAAAAGAGGAGCCUGAAAUUCCAUUUUGAGGAAGAUGCUUUUUGUUUCUUUUUUUGUUUUUUUGUUGCAUUGAAACCAACAAGGAAGUGAAGCUCUGAGGAACUUGUAUCAGAAAGUUUACAAGCUGCAGGCGUGAGAUCCUAGAGGAAACCUGAGCACUUCCUAGAUCUCUUUCCUCUCUACUUUACACUGUGAUCUUCAAGCAACAUCUGCGCCAAUGCUGGGAAAACAGCCAGAUUGAAUACGCCGGGGGAAAAAACAAAAAAAAUAGAUGAACUUUUCCUACAUGAAAUACUUUUCGGUAAACGUUCCCGGUGGUAAAGAACCUUUUUACCUUUCCCUGCAACUUCUUCAAUGUCCUCGUCACCUCCUCCUGCAACACAGCAUAGAAACUGGAACAUUAAGGUCUUAACCUCUCGAAAAAAUCUCCACAACAAACCCAAUCCUCUGGAGAUGAAUGAAAAUCUGAACACGCAUUACGAGCACAUGCCUUUACCUCAGGGGUUAAACAGCAAUGGACAGCAAGGUCAGGAACGCGCCGCCACCACCACUUUUGAACUGAAACGUGACGUGCUGAUAAACACAGAGACCCCCCGGCCGACGAUCAAUCUGGACCCCAGGGUUUCGAUCUACAGUACUAGGCGGCCGCUGCUCUCGAGAAGCAACAUCCAAGGCCGGGUCUAUAACUUUUUGGAACGGCCGACGGGAUGGAAGUGUUUUGUUUAUCACUUUACAGUAUUUCUUAUUGUGCUCAUAUGCCUUAUAUUCAGCGUGCUUUCUACAAUUCAGCAGUAUUCCAACUUGGCCACAGAAACAUUAUUUUGGAUGGAAAUUGUGCUGGUGGUAUUCUUUGGAACAGAAUAUGUUGUCAGAUUGUGGUCUGCUGGAUGUCGAAGCAAAUACGUGGGAAUUUGGGGAAGGCUACGCUUUGCUAGGAAACCUAUUUCAAUUAUAGAUUUAAUCGUUGUCGUAGCUUCCAUUAUAGUCCUUUGUGUGGGAUCAAAUGGACAAGUUUUUGCAACAUCAGCAAUACGAGGCAUCAGAUUUUUGCAGAUAUUACGUAUGUUACAUGUAGACCGACAAGGAGGGACGUGGCGAUUACUCGGAUCAGUGGUUUUCAUACACAGACAGGAGCUGAUAACUACUCUGUACAUUGGAUUCCUUGGCUUAAUAUUCUCAUCGUAUUUCGUGUACCUGGCUGAGAAAGAUGCAAUUGAUGGAUCUGGAGAAUAUCAGUUUGGCAGCUAUGCGGAUGCUCUGUGGUGGGGAGUAGUCACGGUUACAACCAUUGGUUAUGGAGACAAAGUUCCCCAGACGUGGAUUGGGAAAACAAUCGCAUCCUGCUUUUCUGUCUUUGCCAUCUCAUUCUUCGCAUUGCCAGCGGGUAUUUUAGGUUCGGGUUUUGCUCUAAAAGUACAACAGAAGCAGAGACAGAAGCAUUUUAAUCGUCAAAUUCCAGCAGCUGCAUCUCUAAUUCAGACAGCAUGGAGGUGUUACGCAACGGAAAAUCCAGAUUCUGCAACAUGGAAAAUGUAUAUCAGGAAGGCGCCACGCAGUCAGCAAGUCAUGUCUCCAAGCCCAAAACCAAAGAAAACCGUGCUGGUUAAAAGAAAGAAAAUGCGAACCGAGAAAGAUGAAGGCAGCAGUGAGAAGAUGCUAAACAUUCCACAUAUCACGUAUGAUCAUGUUACAGAGGAUCGAAAAAAUUACACCUAUUCAGUCGAAGCAUAUGAGAACACAGUAACCAAAAAGAGCUUUGGACUGUUGGAUGUUGGCAGCGGACCUUUCAUCAGAACAAGCAGUUUCACGGAUGAUCCUGACAUGGAAGGAGAUUCGUUGCUGACGCCAAUAACUCACAUAUCCGAGCUCAGAGAACAUCACCGAGCAGCGAUAAAAGUGAUUCGCAGAAUGCAGUAUUUUGUGGCAAAGAAAAGGUUCCAGCAAGCAAGGAAGCCAUAUGAUGUACGUGAUGUCAUUGAGCAGUACUCUCAAGGUCAUCUUAAUCUGAUGGUCAGAAUCAAGGAACUACAGCGAAGACUGGAUCAGUCAUUGGGAAAGCCCUCCCUGUUUCUUUCUGGAUCAGAUAAAGUGAAAGAUAGAGGCACUAAUACAAUUGGGUCAAGAUUAAACCGUGUAGAGGACAAGGUGACCCAAAUGGACCAUAAACUCAAUCUCAUAACCGAUAUGCUUCAUCAUCUGGUAGCAAACCAACAAAGCAGUCAGUCUGCGAGCAGAACGCCUAACCGGAGCAACUCCCUGAACAAUGGGAACAAUCUCUCCAGCAGCACACUACCUACCUACGAACAGUUAACUGUGCCAAGACGAAACCAAGAUAAUAUAUCUUGAUGAACAGACACAAAUGUUAUUGUGAAAAUUUUUGGAAUUGGUUCCCGUGCAAACUGGUUAACUGCUGGUUCUCAAUGCAGAUAUUCAUUAUUUUAAUGAAUGCAUUUAUAAGCGGAAAGUAAAAUGAUGUAAUGCGA